AUGGCGUCGGAGGGAACGGGCGGGGAGCAGCCUCCUCCGAUACAAACACUGGUAACCGCAGUUCAUGGAAGUGUCGAAGCGAAAUGUGAGCUGAAUAUGGAUAACCUGAGCAGGCCAGAGCUACUCACCCUGCUCAGCAUCAUGGAGGGAGAGCUGGAGGCUCGAGACCUUGUCAUAGAAGCUCUUCGGGCUCGCCGAAAGGAUGUCUUCCUGCAGGAGCGAUAUGGUCACUUCAGUCUUACCGACCCAUUUCUGGCACUGCAGCGGGAUUUUGAGUCGGGCCCUGGGGAGAAGGACCGUCGGCCCGUCAGCGCCAACCCUGUCACUGUGCUGGAGGCUGUCAUGGCCCAUUGUCGCAAGAUGCAGGAGCGGAUGUCUGCGCAGCUGGCUGCGGCUGAGAGCAGGCAGAAAAGGCUGGAGCAGGAGAAGUUGCAGCUGCAGAGUCUGGAGCAGGAGCAUCGGAAGUUGUCGGCACAGCUGAAGGACGAGAGGGAGAAAAACAAGCACAUCGUCAUGAUGCUGGUACGAGAGUGCAAGCAGCUGUCCACGCGCGUGAUGGACGAGAGCCAGCGCUUCAAGGAACUCUCCGCCCGCGCCGACCAGGAAGGCCGCUCCACGGGGCGGCUAGAGGAGGAACUGGCUGCCGAGCGCCGUCACAGUCAGCAGAUGGAGGCCGAGAUGGAGAAGCAGCUGGCCGAAUUCGACACGGAGCGGGAGCAGCUGCGCGCCCGACUCGGACGCGAAGAGGCGCGUGCCGCUGAGCUGCGGGCGGAAAGCGAGGCCCUGCGGCGGCAGGUGGAACAGCUCAGGACUGAGCGGGAUAAGGAUGCUCCGCCCCUGCCUCCCGCUAGCCCCGCCCACGCCUCCAUUAAACCCAAGGCCACUGUCUCCACAGCUGUGGGCACCGAGCCAAUCAGCUGUAGGACAGCUUCUUCGCAAACAGACCCCUUGCCAGAACAGGAAGGGCCCAAGAAGGCGCCCCUCACUAUCCCUGUUAAACCUACUGCCGCCAACUAUGCUGGCAUGAGCCUACCCAAGACUCCCAGUGCUGGGAGAAGCCUGCACCCUAGCAUAAUACAAGCAGAGAACGGAAGUGAGGGCCAGCCGGCGUUCCCGCCCUCUGGACACGGCUCACACUCAUCUGGAGGUGCCGCCACUGCUGCCCUGCCCACUGGAGUGAGCCCCAGGGUCCAGGCAGCCCGCUACAAGUUCCAAGCCUCACCCUCAGAGCAGGACCAAAACGGCACAGCCAACCAGAGCCCGCCGUCCAGGGACCUGUCGCCUACCAACCGAGACAACUUCGCGGCCAAGCAGCAGGCCCGUCACACGGUCACGCAAGUCCUGUCACGCUUCACCAGCCCUCCCACCGGCGGGCCAGCGGCGGCCCUACGACCGGGCUUGCCUCACUCUGCCUCCGAGGGAGGGCCCUUCCCAGGGCGCCUGGGCCACCCACAGAUCGGUCUGAAGUCCCCCACCGUGGGCCGCAUCGACCGGGGCAACCCGCCGCCCAUCCCUCCCAAAAAACCAGGCCUUUCCCAGACUCCUUCCCCUCCCCACCCGCCCAUCAAAGUGGUGGGAGGCGAAGGUGGCAGGUCUCCCGGGCUUGGUUUGGGAGGGGGGCCUGGCAAGUCAACCACCACUCCCCAGCUCCCGCCCAAACCUGCCCUGGACGUCGGGGGGGCAGUUCCAGCCUUGACUGCAUCUCAGGUGGGUGGUUCGUGUGCUGGCUGGCCAUGGGAGCCACAGCAAGCAGCAUGUACGGAGUGUUCCCCUGUCUCCACCUCUACAACCAGCAACACCACCGCUACCAUUGUCAGUAGCUCCUCCUCUUUAAACCCCACUAGUGCUCCAUCCCGUAUUCCCCAGCACCCGGGCAGUCCCCUGGCAGCAGCAUCAGGCUGGUGUCCCUCCAUAGUCCCUUCGCUAUCCUGCGGUGACCCCGUCCCCCUGGAUGACGGGCACACCCUCCUCUUCCAAGCUGCUUCCCAGGGAAAUGCCACUUUAUUGUCUAUGCUGCUUAAUCAAAAUCCAACUACGGAUAUAUGUCACCUCCAACCAGAACCAACCUCUGCCUUAUUUUCUGCUGCUCGAAACGGACACACAGAUUGUGUUAAGCUGCUGCUGACGUCAGGAGUGUCUGCUGAUGUUUCUGAUCAAAACGGAUUUACACCUUUACAUAUUGCUGCUGCACAUGGUCAACAUGGGUGUGUGGAGAUGCUGUUGGCCCAUGGCGCGGAUGUGGAGCGAGAGUGUGUAGGCGGGCGGACUCCUCUGUUUCUGGCAUGUGAGAGGGGGAGUGCAGAGUGUGUCAAGGCCCUGCUGGAUGCUGGGGCGGACCGUUCGCAGAUCACCUCUGACAGCUGUACCACUCUGCAUGUUGCAGUCAGUUUGGGUCACGUGGGGGUUUUACAGCUCCUCCUGUACCACCCAUCCCCUGUGCCAGCACUAGGCCACCAUGCCCAUGACUCCCACCCUGACCCCAGCCUGGCCAGCUCCCUCCUCAACCAUGCCAACCGAGAUGGCUGGACUGCUGCCCACAUAGCUGCAUCCAGGGGCUUCAAGGAGUGCCUGGAGGUUUUGUGUAGCCACAGCCAACAAGAUAUUGAGAAGAGAGACAAGUGUAAUCGCACUAUCCAUGAUGUGGCCACUGAUGACUGCAAAGACCUUCUGGAGAAUCUGGACUCGUACAAAGUGAUGGUUCAGGUGCAGAUGGGCUCCACGGAGCGGCUUUGCCCAGUGGACGUACUGGAGAACGGGUCCACCAUUGGCACGGUCACAAUCCAGCGGCACACCGGCUGGGAGGGGUUAGGCCAGAGCCUGAUUCACCUGCUGACCAAUCACUUCCAGCUACUGUGUGAAGGCUGGGAGCAGUGGGAGGGACUUGUCAAAACGAAUACACCACUAGGCCUAUCCACUGACAGUGUGGCCUCUGUGACCAUAGGUGAUGCUGUCUGGUCCUUGGGACAGGAGCUGACCCAGUCUCCAUGGGACCUGAUUCGGAAGCGUCUUAGCCAGCGGAUUACUAUCCGUCUGAAUGGUCUGGCAGAAUCAGCUCUGGAUGAAAUGGCGUAUGAUUCUCUGAUCCCUCUUCAGUUGCUGCAAAACUACGUCCGCUUGGUGGAACAAUAUCAUAAUGUUAUUUUCCAUGGGCUGGAGGGAAGCUGUCAGGAGUACCUGGCCAAUCAGAUCUCCCAGUGCAUCAAGUACCGACAGGAGGCCAUGGGCAUCAGCUGUGACAUAGUCAGGGUAGAGAUUGACAAGAGCUUCUCCAAACAGCAACUGGUGGAGACCUUCAUCAACUGUGGAUUCCUGGUGUCAGUGAGAGAUGGUUCUGCAGGCCAGCGUUUGGUGGUGGUCCUCCUGGAGGGUCUGGAGAGAGCUCAGUCUUUGAGCCAGCUUCUGGGAGACCUGUGUGACGGUUUGGACAACCGUGGCUCUGUCUGCACCCUCUCCCUUAGCUAUGGCCAGGAUGGGUUAUACUACUUCCAGGAGGACAGUUUUCUGAUUGGCUCACUGGCAAAAGCACGACUGCAGGGUCCUGAACUGCGGCUGCAGCAACACUUUCGUUGGGUGCAGCUUCGCUGGGAUUCAGAACCACUCAGCGGUCUGCUGGCACGCCAUCUCCGCCGGAAACUUCUUCAUAAGAUGCAGGGCCAACAUUUGGCGACUGACGAUUCCCUGCACAAAGCUCUCCUGUGGGUGUGUUCAGUCUGGCACCACCUCAACGCCUGCCUGUCCCGCCUGGGCACCCAUGAGGCCCUCCUGGGCCCCCACAUGUUCCUCUCCUGUCCGGUGGUGCCCAACCAGACUCUGGCCGUCCUCAAAUGGUUGGUUCGACUGUGGAACGCCGUGGUGGUCCCACGUGUGGAGGAUGCCGUCGUCUCCAGGGUAAUGGCUAAGAGAUCUCCGUCUCAGAGACGCUCCCCCACCACCAAGAGCCUGAGCUCCGGCCAGAGAGCGGUGGUCAGAGCAGCUCUGAGCAUCCUGUUGAACAAGGCAGUUCUCCAGGGCUGCCCACUGGCCCGUCCAGAGAUCGAAAGGCACCUGUCAGAAUUCCAAGGAGGAAGUUUCCCACUCUCAGCCAUUGGCUCGUCUUACAAAAAAGGCGGGAAAAAGGGGCGUGAGAGUGGUGCCUGGAGACGAGCCAGCACCAGCCCACGAAAGAAAGUUAGCUCCACCUCCGAUUGGAGCUGCAUUAGCUCCCUGCAAGAGGGAUCUCUGGCCAGCACAGAUGUCCACUUUAUGGCCAACGUCAGUCCUCCCAGAGUUGGUGAUGGAGAGUCAGUUACACUCUCUCUCUGUUCAGACGACGAGACAGAUCUGAUUAGGGAGCUCCAGACCAUGUGUUCCAGCAAAUCUGAGCCAAACAUAAGUCAGAUUGCUCAGUCCAAAGAGGACUUCAUCAUGUUCUCUGGCUUAUCGAGUGGGCAAUCCCCACCAAGCAGUGUGGAUGAAGACUCCGCCCAGUCACGCCCACAGCCUGGUAAACAAAAGAAUCCCAAGGAGAAGGCUCAGUCAUCAGCACAGGAGACUGAUAACUGUCAUUCACACGUCCCAGCUCCACGUAACCAGCAGCGAACGACGAGGCCUAGGUCUCAGCUCCCUGUACCCAGCAACAGGGGGCUCCAGCGAGCACACAGUGCCCCCCGAGUCAGCAGUCAUGGCAACAGCAGCAGCCCCGCCCCUGGAAGAGCCUCUGCCAGUACCGGCACGAGCAGCAGAACAAGGCAGGCCCAGCCCAACAACAGCAACAACAAGAAUCACAACAGCCAAUCAGAAGAGGAGAUUUGGAUCCUGCACUCGAAAUUGCAUGAAAACUACAGUAACCAUGAGUAA